CGCCCUUGCUCCUGCUACGUCACUCACAGCACAGAAACAGGAUUCAGUGCACGACGAAGAUGAGCAUCGACACUGCGUUUUGCUGGAUUUAUAUUUGAUGCUGCUCAUCGCUUCAAGGUAGGAAUCUUCAACUUCCAAGAUCAGCUUUCCCACAUUUCAAAACCAGCAAAUCCUAGCCCUACUCGAGAGCAUCCUUUGAGCCUACAACCAAUCACGUCUUGCCUUCCACUUCAAACCUUUCCAUAAUCCUAUAUUGUGAAGAUUAUCAACAUGGGUCUCUUCGGUCACAAAACCACUGAACCAACCCCGGCCACGCACGGCACCACGACGACUCACCCUCGCCAUUCAAACUCUUCCUCUGAUGGCAGCCGUGAGAGACGAGGCUUGUUCAACAAGCGCCGCGACCCAUCACCCGAGUACAACGACAACCGCAACCGUCUGUCUCACGCAGGUUCCACACGUAGUUCGGGCGGCGGCCUGUUCAAUCGCCGUCAUAAUGAGGAUCCGAGUAUCAUGUCCGCACGCGAGCGCGUCGCAUCUGCAGAGGCAGCGGAAAGGGAUGCCGACCGCGCCUUGAUGCAGGCAAGGACGGCAGUGAGAGAUGCCAGAGAGCAUGUUAAGAUGUUGGAGAGAGAGGCUGCUGAGGAAGCCCGCCUGGCAAAGAUCAAGCAACAAAGCGCCAAAGACAUCGGGAAGAGGGCCAAGCCUCUUGGACGACACGACCACUACUAGAUGAUACCCUCGUUUGUUUUCACAUGGCUGAUGACGGUGAUUGUCGGUAGUACUAUGAGUAGCCAUGUUGUGAAGAUAUGUCCGAUGAUGAUGGUCGAAUGAGCGUGUACCAAUACCUUGACGUUUCCCCCAAUCCAUGUACCAUAAUGUUUGUCGUCGUCAUUGGUGUUUAGCGAACUCCGUUGAAGAACGAGAGAAUGAUGCGAAUUUGAUGACUGUUCAACACAA